CUACAGGCUUGCGCGCCAGAGGCUCAGAGGAUUCUGACAGCUUCUUUGCUGAACAGAAGCAACUGUGCUCAAAAUAGAAACCACCACUCCUCCCGCCGCCUUUCUCUCCGCGCUACGAAUCUCACAGUUAAACAAGAUGUGCAAAGGACUUGCAGGUCUGCCGGCUUCCUGCCUGAGGAGCGCAAAGGAUAUGAAACACCGGCUGGGGUUCCUGCUGCAGAAAUCUGACUCCUGUGAACACAGUUCUUCACAUAGCAAAAAGGACAAAGUUGUUACUUGCCAGAGGGUGAGCCAAGAAGAAGUAAAGAAAUGGGCUGAAUCGCUGGAAAACCUGAUUAACCAUGAAUGUGGACUGGCAGCUUUCAAAGCUUUCCUGAAGUCAGAGUACAGUGAGGAGAACAUUGACUUCUGGAUCAGCUGUGAGGAGUACAAGAAAAUCAAGUCACCUUCUAAACUGAGUCCCAAGGCCAAGAAGAUCUACAAUGAGUUCAUCUCAGUGCAAGCAACAAAAGAGGUGAACCUGGAUUCUUGCACCAGGGAGGAGACAAGCCGGAACAUGUUAGAGCCCACGAUAACCUGCUUUGAUGAAGCCCAGAAGAAGAUUUUCAACCUGAUGGAAAAGGAUUCAUACCGCCGCUUCCUCAAGUCUCGAUUCUAUCUCGACUUGACCACUCCUUCCGGCUGUGGGGCAGAGAAGCAGAAAAGAGCCAAAAGUUCUGCAGACUGUGCUUCCCUAGUCCCUCAGUGUGCCUAAAUUUUCACACAGAGGCAGAGAGCUGAAAUACCAAGACUCUAUGCUCUGGAAAACCUGAGGCCAAAUAUUGAUCUGUAUUAAGCACCAUUGCUUUAUUCACCUUGUAGUCUAGUGUCUGUGCUGCCUGCCGUGUGCGAGUCACUUCCAUGUAAAAGUAGACUUAGUUGCGGUGUUGGGGUUUUCGUUGGGGUAUGACCCAAUUUGUUUAAAAAUUUCCCAAGUUUCCUUAAGGGUGUCAUAUGAGCAAGUCUCCAAAUAAUGGCCCUUUGGUCUGGCUUUUCAGAGAGAUUGCUGGCAGUCCUCCUGUUCUAACAGUUUGACCUCACGUUUGUUGGUUGGUAUACUUCAUGUGACAUCACAUGAACAUGCAAUGUCAGCCAGCAGCACUUCCUACAUACAGACUCUCGGUAUUUAGGUGAGAUUGACAUGUGUGUAUAUGUAUGCAUAUACAUUCUGUACAUAUUGUAUCUAUUCAAACAUAUGUGUGAAUAUGUAUGAAUAU